CUGACGUGUUCACACGUCGUCGUAAAAGUAGUCGGUUAGCUAGCUAGGUCGAGCCGGGGAGUGACACAGCGGCCGCAUCAGAAUGUCAGAAGGGGACAGUACUGGGGAGUCGAUCCAUGGGAAACCAUCUGCAGUCGCUACCUUUUUCACACGGCUCGGACAGAUCUAUCAGUCAUGGCUAGACAAGUCGACCCCAUUCUAUGCAGUGCGAUGGGCAGCCACUCUACUACUUACUGGCGUCUACAUGAUCAGAGUGUACAUAUUACAGGGCUGGUAUAUUGUAACAUACGCUUUGGGAAUCUACCAUCUCAACCUGUUCAUCGCUUUCCUAUCACCAAAAGUGGAUCCUUCACUGCUUGAUGAAGAUGAGGGCCCCUCCCUCCCUACCAAGCAAAAUGAGGAGUUCCGCCCAUUCAUCAGGAGGCUGCCUGAAUUUAAAUUCUGGCAUUCAGCAACAAAAGGCAUCGUCAUUGCCAUGAUUUGUACGUUCUUUGAUACCUUCAAUGUGCCAGUGUUCUGGCCUAUACUUGUAAUGUACUUCAUCAUGCUCUUCUGCAUCACCAUGAAGAGGCAGAUCAAGCAUAUGAUCAAGUACAGAUACCUACCCUUCACACAUGGCAAGAGGACUUACAAAGGCAAGGAAGACACAGGGAAACCUUUUGCUAGUUAAAAAAAAAAUCCACCUCCCCUUCCCCUGCUCCACAUUUGAGAUUAAAAGCUAUCAAAAUGGCAAAAAAAAAUCAAGUGAGGAGUGAUGAGGGUCAGUGAUUUAUUUUAAUUUUAUUUUUUACUUUUUACUUCUUUUGUUAUUUUGUUUAGGGGGACAACAAGAUGAAAACUUUAAAAAAAAAAGAGUUUUGAUCCGUGGUUAACAGUGUUGGGUUGGGCGUAGCAGCAACCCAGAUGAAGUUAGUCCUGAGACAUUGCCUUGGUUUGUUCAUGAGGUUAGGGAAUUUCAGUUGGCCAGCCUUUGCAUAUGAACAGUAGAUGAUCAGACUCGGUGCUGCUGCCUUUUGCCUUUGAACCCAUUGGGGUAAGUAUGAUGAGGCCAGGAAAGAGUAACACUGAAAGUAAUUUUCAUGAUGUAAAAAUUUGGAUUUUUUUUUUUUUUUAAUAAACAGCAAUUUCACUGGAUCUUUCUCCCAAGUGAAACAAAUUUGCCAACUUCUGACCAAGACAUUGGUACCUACUCAUUUGUAAUAACUUCUAUAUAUCUAAAGUUGGGAAUAUUAGAGAAAAAUAACAUAAUUUAGAUGUGGGAAAGGACAUUUGAAACAAAACAAAGAUUCUCAAGUCAAAUGGGUCAUUGUGUCAAAUGCAGUAGAAGUGCUGCUCUGGCUUGAGAGGCUCCUGCCCAUCUGUCCUCUAUACUAGAUGCAGCCACUUGUUUAAAGAUUAGGAACAGCUCACUUGAAUAUGCAUUCAGUACACGCACAAUAUGGAGUACACCUAUGGCAACAUGCAACUCUUCUUUGCAAGUUGAUAAAUUGUACUGAAAUAACAGUGAGUAACUGGCAGUUAGAGUUGCCUACAACUGCCUACUAAUACAAUUCUGUUGACGGUCUGAUCCUUAUCAAUUGAGCCAAUGGAGAAAGUAUCAUGGAUGAUGAUCGUUGUGUUAAUUGACACCAUAGGAUGCAUAAUUCAAGAUGAGUGUCGCUAACCCCAACCCAUUUAGUGCCCUGUAACCCACAUCUUCAUCCAGCUCCCUCUGCUUUUGCACCUUGUACAACUGAACACCUGUGUAACUGAGCACUCCUGGAAACCAAAUUGUGUUCUGAUUUAUUUGAGGGGGCGUAUUGCGUAAACCUGUAAGACAACAAAGUUAGCUGUACUUUUAAUUCAUUUCAUUCCAUAGAUGGUCAUUCUAUUUAAAACAUGCUGUACCAGUGAAGAGUGAUACCAGUACUCUGUCGUUAAAUAAAGUCAAAUUUGUAAUGCAGUUUGACUCCAGGCAACCGUGGCAUUUUCAUGUUCACCCCAAAGCUCCUCACACUUUGAAAUAUCAAACCAGCAGUGUGUCAAAGUCCCAGGGCUGAUUCAGUUUCUCUAGACUUAUUUUUAUCCCUUUCAUAGUGUUGACUUAAAAAUAUAGUUACUUUUUGAUCAUUCCAAGCAAAAAUAUUGUUCUCUUUCUUUCUUUUGCAGAGGAAACAUAAGAACAUUGACAAUGAUCGCUUUUAUUGUAACAAUGGAUGAUGGGGGUGGCGAUCAUUCUUUUUCUCUCUGCCCCUAGGACUUUUUUGACAUUUUUAUCGGUAAGAUGGGGAUGCUUAAGUGUUUGCAGUGGUACUGAUGGUGACAGAGACUUUUUAUUUUAAACCUUGAUCAACACUGUAGUGAGGGAGCAAAACCUUUUUUUUCCCCUGUAAAAAGUCCAUGUUUUGAGGGGUUACCACAGAAAUUUGUAUAUAUAUUUUAAAAUAUGGAAUUGUUUUGAGAUUAUUUUUUCAUUUCAUUUUCAACCAUCACACUGUUUCCAAGUGUUCAAUUAAAUCCAUUCUUUGUCAUUUGGAAUUAAUAAUAACAGAAAUUGGGUUCUAAAUUUGAUUUAUUAAAAAUGUUUCUCAUUGA